AUGGAACAGUUUAUUGGAAAAAAAUAUAAAUUGAAAUCUUCGGAAAAUUUCGACGAAUAUCUAAAAUACAUUGGUGUUGGUUUUUUAUCCCGUAAGACUGCUAAUUCAGUAUCACCUGUUUGUACAUUGAUGCUGAACGAAGAUGGCUCAUACACUAUGGCCAUGCUGACCACGUUUCGGAACGUCUUCGUCACAUUUAAACUAAACGAAGAGUUCAUUGAAGAACGAGCAGAUGGAACAAAGGUUAAGUCACUAAUGGUGGUUGAGGGGAACAAGUUAAUACAGACCCAAAUCGAAGACAACGGAAGAAAAUCAACGCAUGUUAGGGAGUUUACACCAACUUCUAUAACAGUGACUUCAACGGCAGAUGGCUGGAGUGGCAAAUGUGUACGAGUUUAUGAACUUGUAGAAUAA